AUGUUCAAAAGCCGCAGCGAGGGCAAUGUUGUUUACAAGUGCACGGUUCGGCUGCUGGAGGAUCUCGAUGUCCUGGAAUGCGAAUUUCAGCCACAUCACAAGGGUAGCUUUCUGCUCGACUACGUCUGCGAGCAGCUGGAAAUCACCGAAAAGGACUAUUUUGGGCUCCGGUUCGUGGACUCCGCGAAGCAAAGGCAUUGGUUGGAUCUGGCAAAAACUAUAAUCAAACAAGUUAAAGAUGUGGACCCACUCGUACUUUCGUUCCGUGUCAAAUUCUACCCAGCCGAUCCCCUUCGGCUGACCAUCAAUGGAAAACUGAUGCUUUACCAGCAACUGAAACGUGAUCUUCGACAUGGCCGGUUGUACUGUUCUGCAGGCGAAGCAGCGGCUCUGGGGGCUCUAAUAGUACAAGAUGAACUCGGUGAUUUCGAUGCGGAAUCACACACCGGCGAGUACGUAUCGUCGCUCAAGAUCGCGCUGCGACAAUCGGAACAGCUCGAAAAGAAGGCAAUGGAGCUGCACCAGAAGCGCGAACCGGGCCAAGAAACGAUCGCCGUGUACGACGAGUUUGUCGGGAUCGCGCGCAGCCUCGAAACGUACGGUAUCGAUCCGCAUCCGGUCAAGGAUCACCGCGGUACACAGCUUUAUCUGGGAAUCAACUUCUCCGGCAUCAGCACGUUUGCGGCCGGACGGCGAACGCAACACUUCCGCUGGCCCGAGGUGCACAAGAUCAACUUUGAGGGCAAGAUGUUCAUCAUCCAUCUGGCGUACUCCGAGGAUCGAAGGGAAGUGAAAAAACACACCGUUGGGUUUAAGUGUCCGUCAGGAUCGGCCUGUCGGUACGUGUGGCGAUGUUCCAUCGAGCAGAUGCUAUUUUUUACUCUUCCAACUAGCCAACACGCUUCCGUUGUGUCCGGAGGUGGAUUUUUCUCAUGGGGUACGAAGUUCCGCUACUCAGGACGCACCGAACGCGAGCUAAUGUCCGAGGCACUGCAAGCUUUGCGACAGCAAAAGCUCAACAACACCAGCCCCAGCAAAAGGAAAGCCCAAAGCGUCCCGGCGACACCCUCGAGCCCACAAGGAGACCUGGCGGAAAUCCGUAAGUCCCGAUAUAGUAGCCUUCCACGAUCGACCAUGUCGGAGCCGCUGGGUGGUUGCGGCGAUCAUAUGGCAUCGUCCGUGUACUGCACCGACAAUCCACUGCCAACGCUAGAGACUGUGUCGGAGGAGGCGCGCAAAACGAAUGGGGAAAGCAACGAUCACCUGUCCGACUACUACUUCCGGGAUUCGUUCGAUCACUCGUCGUCCGAGUCCGGGUUUACGGCGGGUAACAGCGCGAACGCAACCGGCGAUCAUCAUCAUCAUCGGCAUCACGGUAGCGUCACGAUCGGUGGUCAUCAUCAUCUCCACCAUCAUCACAGGCAGGCGUACACGACAGAUAAUAUCCCGGCGUUGGCGAUCCACAGUGUGACGAACCAUGCGGCCAGUAUCAUUCAGCAGCAGAAUGCGAGUAAUAGUGCGAAGAACGCGAAAAAGUUCUCACUGCUGCAGGCGUUCGUCCCGUCGUUCAUCUUCGUUGUGGUGGUGUUGAUCGUGUCGGCGAUCUACAUCCUCGAGACGGACUCGGAGCUGUUCGCUUCGAUGCGCAACUGGCCGGAAAUGAUCUGCCUGCGUUACCAAUACUACCAGCCGUUGAAGGAGUUCUUGGCCAAAAAGUUUGGCGCCAUAUUUUGA